AUGCUACAUGAUAUCUCAGAAACUCCUAUACCGCCGCGAGCCCGCGAUCUUUCCUUCUACUUCGUCCUCUUUUUUAUGGUCAUCCCACUGUGGUCCUCCGUGCCGCUCUCAUGGGCCUUCGUGAUUCACUCCCUCUUUUUCAAGAACUCGGGCGCCCACUCCUUUUUCAGUCGCGCUCUGUUUGCAAUUGCUGCCUGUGAGGUCGGCUUUAGCAUACGCUACCUCUGCCUCGUAUGGCGUGUAUCGGGGCGGAGUCCUCCUGGACCCGGUGACGCUGCUGAAGUUAAAACCGCAUUCAUUCGACUCCUAAAGACUGGUCUCGCCAACCUCCCCGAAGACGGCGGGGAUCAAGAAUCACUCGUUGUCGAAAGACCUGGCAGUCCUGAAGAAGCAAUCAUCCAGCUGGAACGCCAUGAUCCUCGUGCAAUUGAUUUCCGUCACUCCUUGCGAACCUGGUUCCGCAAGGUGCCUUGGUCAACGAUAAAGUUGCGUAACCUCGAAAAAUGGGUAUAUUGGUCCAUAUUCAAUUCGGAGUUGCCGCCUCCAGAGGAGGUUCCUCAUGCCCAUCGUGAGAUAGUUGCAGAGGCACUCGAAUUGCUCCAGAAGCGCCUUGGUUGCAAGCUUGAGGAAGGUGAAAAUCGCCACAUACGACCUAUGCGUUUGACGAUAGACCGCGUCAAUAUCCUUUGGCGCCCCUUGACAUUCUACGCUAUUGUUAGAAUUGUCAACUUGGGUAUUCGGAGUUUGUAUAAGACAAAAUGGAGCGCUCGCUAUGCAUCUUUCGAUGGUUUAGAAUAUCUACUUCGCAUACCGGAACAAUGGGAUCCCGAUUCAUCUCAUCGACCUCUGGUUUUUGUUCAUGGUCUUGGCCUGGGGCUUCUUCAAUACCACGGGCUUCUUUCCCACCUUUUCGAAUCCAUCUCUGACCGGCCAAUUUUAAUCCUCUUGCAGCCUCAGAUUAGCCAGGACUUUUUUCAUCCUCACUUCUUGAAGCCGCUAAAUAGGCAGCAAAUGGCUGGCAAGCUAUCCCGGUUACUCCACAAACUAGGGUGGGUACAUCUCAAUUCAAAUGGACUGGUAGAGUCGUCUAGCGACAGCGAAGAAGAGCGGCAGGUUGAGAAAUCUUUAAUACCCAAGACGUGCAAAGGCGUGACUAUGAUUAGCCAUUCUAACGGGUCAUACACUCACGCAUGGAUGUUAAAAGAGCAUCCCAAAUUGGUCACUCGUUCUUGUUUUGUUGAUCCUGUGACGUUCUGCUCAUGGGAAGGAGACGUUUGCUACAACUUCCUCUACAGAACUUCCAAGACGGGUAUCGAACUGCUGAUGCGAUACUUUGUGGGCACUGAACUUGGCGUUACCAACCUUCUUCAGCGACAUUUCGAUUGGGUAUCUAAUUCUCUCUGGUUUGAAGAAAUUCCUAACGGUCGGGAUCCGUCAAAAACUUUGUUUCUUCUCGGCGGGCAAGAUGAUAUUAUCCACGCUGAGCGCGUAAAACGCUAUCUCAUGUCGCACGGGGUCCAGAAAAACUUACUUUAUGACCCCAAUGGUAGGCAUGGGCACGCCAUUCUCAAGGGCCGACCAGGACAUACCGAACUCUUGCGAUGGCUUCGGGAGACACCAUAA